AUGGGAAACACUCACACCAGCAAUUACUCUGAGUGGUUUCCUUUGGACGAUUCAUCAGCGAUUCUCAUUCGCAAAACCAAGUUCGGGAGAGGGGUGGAAACUUGGACUGCGGAGUACAACACAUUUGGAAGGAGAAACUGCGAACUUGAGUUGACCAAAACCAACGGUGAUUACAGGCAUGAGCAAGACUUAACCAUCUCAAUCCACGACCACGCAUCAGAUCAUGCAAAGGACUACACUGAUUUUCAGAUGAAAGUGAGCGUGAAAAAUGAUCUUCUCUUGGGAGAUAUUAGUGUUGACGGACCUGCAAGCAUGCUGCGUCUUCCCCAGUGCAAAAUCCCGAAUGCGCAAGGUGGGGUUCUCAAGUCCUCCUCCUUCUUAUACGGAAGUGACACUGACCGAAAGGGUCUUCUCGUCAUGUCAAGGGCAAGAACACAUGAUGACGAUAAAGAGCUUCCUUACAUGAUCACUGUGAAACACUAUUUUCUUGAUGUGUGUUGUUCUCAUGGUGCCUCUCUUGAGGCAAAGGUUCGAAGUAAUAGUGGUGAUGGAGGCUUGAGCGUUGAGAUUGAAAAGCCUUCUAAGCAUCCAAAGCGUGAGUUGCUGAAGAUAUUUGAUGAUGUCAAAGGAAACGGGUGGUGGCCUGAUCCCAGUAGUUCUGAUUGGGCAAUGGACAAGAAUCCUGCAAACCCUAAUCCUUUUCCUUCCUAUAUCAUGAGAGGCCUCAUCGGCAAUGGUGGGUACGUUAAAGGCAAUGGUAACGGUUCUAUUAACAUAGUUCACAAGCACUAUUACGGUUCAGGAAGGAAAAAGAAAACGUUUGAGCCCUUUGGGAAACAGUAA